CUCUUAAAAGGAAGUUUACAGAUCCUAGUGAGUACAAAAGGAAUCAAAUAAGGAAAGCCAUUAUCAAAGGGGAGAAAUAUGUGAACCAUAAAGGCAAUGAAACUCCAGCUAAGAAGCCUUCAUUUACUUGUGGAUGCAAGAGAAAUUGCUUGGGAGAGUUUCCAGAGGACAACGUGACUGAGAUUUUUGCUAGGUUUCACGACCUCGGUACGAAAAAUGAACAAGACAUGUUACUAUAUGGACUUAUUGAUGUGGAGGAAGUGGCAAUACGUAGACCAAGAAAUGAAAAUCCAAGAAUAAACAGUGCUAGUUUCAAAUAUCACCUUUUGAUUGGAACUUCAAGACAUAUAGUAUGUUUGAAUGCUUUUGUCAAUGCUUUUGGUGUUACAACUAAAAGAGUCCGGCGAAUCAGAGAACUCAAGAAGGCCUGCAAAACUCCCGAAGAUAAAAGAGGAAAGGUAGUGUCUUUUUCCAUGUCCGAUGAAAUAAAAAGCUUGGUUAGAGAACAUAUUAGUUCAUUUCCUAUGAAGGAAUCCCACUAUUUGGGAGGAACCAAAUUUUACCUGAAUGCGGAAUUAAAUUUAAAAAUAAUGUAUAACUUGUUUUGUGAGAAGUACCCUGAAAAGAAGGUGAGUUAUAGUUUUUACUACACGUUUUUUAAAGAUAAUUUUAAUCUCAGAUUUGGUCGGUCUCAAGUCGACACAUGUGAGGAGAUUAAGCUAAAAAUUAAAUCUCCGCACUUGAAUGAAGCUGCAAAACGGAGUGCUGUGGCCGAGCUUCUUGUAUAUAAGCGACGAAGCCAAAAGUUUUAUUCUGCGCUAAAGUAUGAGGCCUCAGAAGAUGCUAAGGAAGAAAACAAUAUUCUUUUCAAUUGCAUUUUUAAUUACAUGCAAAACAUUUCCCUCCCGAAGGUGCCUGUGCAGGAACUGUUUUAUUUGCGCCAACAGUGA